AUGAAAAAUUCCGGAAAAGUCACGGGUGGAAUGUGGGAAACCUAUCCAACGUACCUAACAUUGCGUUCGGAUUGGAUGAAAAGUGGCGGGUCGACAGGUGCUAUCAGGUCAAAUAAACCUGAGGGAGAAUGGAAAUCUGAUAGAAAAAAAAAUGUUUGUUGGCAAUGCGCAAAGAACACGCGAACGACAAAAACCAAAAUAAAUUUAAUCGAACGUUAA